AUAAUGUUAAUGCUAAAUUUUCAAUAUAGUGAAAAUGGAAAUUAAAAAUCGAUAUUCUAUUUAAGAGUUAAAUUUUCCUUUCUUCUUUUUUUUUUUUUUCUUUUUUCAUCUAUUACAAAUCUUAUAUUGCUAUUGGUUAAGUGUAUUGUCAUUAAUUUGUUAUUAAUCAUUUUAUAUAUAUUAUAUGACGAAAAUUUUAUAUGGAAUUAAAAUCAAUCUGUUAAAAUGAAUUCUACGGAUACAGAGGAUGCUUUAUCAAUUGGGAAAAAGAGAGAAGAUCGUGGAAUACAAUUAAAGCAUAGAUUUGAUCCAUUGAAUCUCGAUGUAAAAUAUCCUGACACUGCAAUAUUACUUUUGCAAUGUCAAGAAAAUACAAUACUUUUGAAUGCUGCAGCUGCAUUAUCCAAAUAUGCUACUAAAUCUGAUGAAAAUAUACGUAUACUUUUUGAUCUUGAUAUCGUUAAAAAUAUAAUACCAUUGAUCAAUCAUGAAGAUUUAUUUACACGAAGAUUUGCUGCAAAAUUAUUAGCUGAAAUGAUGGCUAUACAAUCGGUUAAAGAUUUUUUAUUGGAAUCCGAUUAUUAUAUACCUUAUUUCACAAAGGUAUUAAUCAAUGAACGGGACUUAUUUAUGCAAGAAUUUUCUUCGCUUAUACUCGUUGAAUUAUCGAAAGAAAUUUAUGGUAUCGUUCGAUUGUUAGAACAAUGUCCAAAUAUGAAUUUUCUUUACGAAAGAAUACAAUCUACAGAUCCAGACGUGAAGAAAAAUAAUAUAGAAAUAAUAUACAAUCUGAUACAGGAUCCGAUAGGUGUCCAAGAGAUUAUUAAUGCUGAAAAUUUUAGUUUUCCUUUGAUAUAUCGGCUUUUUCAAGAACCUUAUCCAGAGAUUCAAAAUAUAGCCUUGAACGUUAUUGGUGAAUUAUUGGCAAGGAAUAAGGAUGAAUAUAUACAAAAUCUUUUUCGACAGACAAAGGGUUUAGAUGCGUUGUUAAAUUUUCUUGAUGUAAGAAAUCUUUGUAGGACAAUUCUAUAUAUCUGUUAGCAGUGUUAUCUAAUUCGUUCAGAAUGACGAUUGGCGUGACUUACAUUCCAAAGUAUUGAAAAUAAUCAGCUUGGCUUCGGAUAAUCAUAAAACGAUAGAAUUAUUGAAUAGUAUUGGUGGUAUUCAAAGAAUUUAUAAAUACAUGGAAAAUACACCAAAUUCAAAAUUAUUUGCGGAUGCUUUUGAUGUUGUUAUUCAUUUUGCUGAUAUUCAUAUUGGAAGAAAGGUUCAUGAAAUUUAUUCUUUUAUUUCGUUAUAAUCAUUGAUUUAUUGUCUGUUAAAAGAUAUUUCUUUUCAUUUUCUUUUCUUUUUCAAAGGCAUUAUAUUUGAAUGGAAUUGUUGAUCAUUUGAUUAAUACGUUACAAAAAACUGUACAACCUGAUAUGUACCUUACAAUAUGUUAUGGCAUUGGCAAAAUGGUUUUGUAUGGUCCUGCUAAUGAAAAAUUAUCUACAGAAAAUGUUAUCAAAAAUAUUUUAGGUUUUAAACAUUAUUUUAUCGUUCGUUCAUAAUAAUAAAAUAUAAAGAUUUUUCUUACAAAAUUCAUUUAUUGUA